AUGAGCACCGGGCCACGCAGCCAGUCCUUGCGAGCACCGCGGCGCGCCUACGGCCAGCUCCAGGAGGCCGGGGGGAAGCCCUCGGAGGGCCGGCUGCGCCGCUCACGGAGCCUCAGACAGGAGAAGCUCAGACAGGAGAAGCCCGAUGGAGGCCCAGACGGGCCGGAUGGCCCUGGCCCGGAGACGCUGGGGGACACGGAGCAGCUGAUCCGAGCCCAGCGCGGAGGCAGCCGGGGGUGGCUGAAGCAGUACCGGCAGGUUUGCUGGAGGGUCAGGAGAAGGUGGCAGAGCUUUGUCGCCAGCCUCCCCAGCGUGACCCUGAGUUGGCCAGCCUCCCUGGAGCUCCCACCAGGGCCACCCACUAAAGAUGCUGGAAGCCACAGCAGCCCUUCUAUGCCUGGGCCAGACAGAUGA